CACAUGUGUUCAGCUGCUCCAGCUGUCGGUCUCCCCACUCACUCUCUCAGGGUCAUAGAGGCAGGAGUAAAGGGACCACUUCUGUACGCCAACUCACCAGGGACCACCGCGGCGAGGAGAAGAACGCACCGGCCAGACAGAGAAGGGGUGUCGAAAGCAGAAACCAAAGACCGAGGCUUGUCUUAGAUACCACUUGGCCGCCCUGCACAUCACAAGUCAACUGCCUCUCUCAUCUACCUGCCUGACAGCUGCGUGUGUGUGUGUGUAUGUGUGUGAGAGUGUGUGAGUGUGUAUGUGCUUGCGUGCGUUGCUGUCCCAUCUCCCACCAAUUAGUGUGUUAGCAUGCAGGGUGCGUGUGUGUCAAUCUUGUGCGUGUGCAUGUAUGUGUCUGUGCUCCUCCGCAGUGCUAUUUCACAGCCACCUACAGAAAGUGACACCUACACGGAAUGCACAGAUGGGUAUAAAUGGGACCCUCAGACUCAGCACUGCAAAGACAUAAACGAGUGUGACACCAUUCCAGAUGCCUGCAAGGGGGAGAUGAAGUGUUUCAACCACUACGGAGGGUACCUAUGCCUUCCGCGCUCCGCCUCAGUCAUCCCAGCCCCAGAACCCGUUAGCACGCCCGAAGUCAGCGAGCCCUAUAACCCCUGCCCCCUGGGCUACGAGCCCCAGGGAGACAGCUGUGUGGAUGUGGACGAGUGUGAGCGACUGGACCACGACUGCCAGCCGAGCCAGCAGUGCAUUAACACACUGGGUGCCUAUACCUGCCAGUGUCCAGAUGGUUACCGCAAGGUUGGCACAGAGUGCAUUGACAUAGACGAAUGCAGGUACAGGUAUUGCCAACAUCGCUGUGUCAAUGUCCCCGGUUCCUUCUCCUGCCAGUGCGAGCCUGGAUUCCAGCUGGCAGGCAACAACCGAUCUUGUAUCGAUGUGAAUGAAUGUGAGAUGGGUGCCCCCUGCUCUCAGAGGUGUUACAACACCUACGGCACCUUCCUUUGUCGCUGUGACCAGGGCUACGAGCUCGGGCCUGAUGGCUUCGUCUGCAAUGACAUAGACGAGUGCAGCUAUUCCAGUUACCUGUGCCAGUACCAGUGUGUCAACGAACCGGGGAAGUUCUCCUGCGUCUGCCCAGAAGGAUACCAGCUGCUAGGCACCAGGCUAUGCCAGGAUAUAAAUGAGUGUGAGACAGGUGAACAUCAGUGUACCGAAACACAGACCUGCGUGAAUAUCCAUGGAAGAUACCAGUGUGUGGAAACGAAUCGAUGCCAGGAUCCUUAUGUACAAGUGUCUGAUAACCGCUGUGUGUGCCCUGUGAACAAGCCUGCCUGUCGAGAUCUGCCGUUCUCCAUCGUCCAUCGCUACAUGAGCAUAACCUCGGAGCGGUCCGUUCCCUCCGACAUCUUCCAGAUUCAGGCCACCAGCGUCUCUCCGGGGGCUUACAACACUUUCCGCAUCCGCUCCGGUGACGAGAACGGAGACUUCUACAUCAGGCAAAUCAACAAUAUUAGUGCCAUGCUGGUGCUGUCCCGUGCAGUAUCAGGGCCCAGGGAAUACACACUGGACCUGGAGAUGGUGUCAGUCAAUCCUCUGCUCAGCUACCAGAACAACUACCAGACCAGCUCUGCCCUCAGACUCUCCAUCUAUGUUGGGCCGUACGCCUUUUAAAGAGGAGAGGAAGAGAAGACGCAGAGGGAGAGAGGGAGAACGGGAGACACACAGAUGCAAAACCAAAAAAAAAAAGGGGGAAGAAGCCGUAAAACAAUAUACAAGUGUGAAGUGGACAAAGCAGUUCAGCCGGUCACUGUGAUAAGAUGUUACAUCUUUGCUAGGGUCUUCUACUUAAUCAUUCAAAAAAAACAACAA